AUGACUACGCCGCCCACUGGGCCAGGCGCUGACCAGGAUGACCUGCACAUUCGCGGGUGUGCCAAACGAAAAGCAGCCGCAGCCGCACCACCGCAGGAGGAGGUAGAGACUCCUCGCUGGCCUCCCACCACCAUACCUGCCCACCUUCGACCGCCACCACGUGCGUAUGAUCAAGAGGCGGAAUGGGGCUUGGGCACGGAAGUGCACACAGGUGUGGACGCCGAGCUAGCGUGCAAACUCGCCCAUUUUCACGAGCUAAAACAGAAGGGCAAGCACUUCAAUGCCACGCUCGCUCGGAACCGCGCCUUUCACAAUCCUCACAUCUAUACCAAACUGGUGGAAUGGGCGGAGCUGGACGAACAUGCGAGCAACUAUGUGCCUAUUGCCAGGGCACAAGGCGAGGUACCCUCCUGGGGUGUGACUGAUCCUGAUGUCCUCCAACAUGGCAAAGCAUCCAAACUAGCCGAGCAGCAAAAGGUGUUCACGGAGCAGAAGUUGUCGUCCCGAUCGCAUGUCGAAUUUCGGCGUGGUCGCUAA